AUGGCCAAACUGGCCAAUGCUGCAAGCAGCGGCGGGAGAUCGAAGAGGAAGAAGACUCCGUCUGGCGGCAUGCACGCUGCAUACGAGGUAUUACGGUUGGUGAGCGUGAAGCACAAGAUUAAGACACUGCGAGGCUACUUCGUGAAGGAGAUGAAGAAAGAAGGCUCGCGCACGUCGUCGUGCUCCUACACUUCCCGAUGGAAGCACUUCAAGUGCUGUGAGUUCCUUCGCGGCACCAUCAGCGUCGACGCAAGCUCACAGCCAACCAGCGCCGCCGGCAUGUCAUAUCCCGCCGACACGGACGUGGGGAGCCUGACCGGGGAGAGAACAGGCAUCUCGUUCCUCGUCGGCAACAUGCUUUUCUUCCUCACCAGCAGCUCCAUCGUGGCCGGCCUCGGACUCGGAUUCCUCACCAGGAACACCGAAGGCGCGUGGACGCGCCGACACAUCUCGUACAUGGCGUUUCCGGGCGAGAUCUUCCUGCGGCUGGCCGGCGUGGUGGUGAUCCCGUUGCUGACAAGCAUGCUGGUGGCCAGCAUUGCCACCGCGGGGCUGGCCGCCGCGCGCCGUGUGGGCCUCCUGGCGUUCACCUUCUACGUCGUCAGCAAGGCAAUGGCCAUGGCCGUCGCAUACGCGCUCGCCGUCUCCCUGAACCCGGGCAACCCUGCGCGCCGCAUCGACGUCACCGACGUGAGGCCCACCCGCGGCAGGACGCACUACGUAAACAUUGUCUUUGACGCCUACAUCAGCUUGGAGAGCCAGACGCCUGUGAUACGACGCACGAACAUCCCGAACUACAUGGGCAUGACCAUAGUCAGCGUGCUGCUGGGCGCAGUCCUGGCCAUCCUCUGUGAGAGCUGCCGCGGAUUCAUCGAGCUAUUCGUGGCCGUCAACGACGUCAUGCUUAACCUCGGACAGCUCAUCAUGUGGUACUUCCCCAUCGGUAUUUGCUUCCUGCUGACGUCGCAGACGCUGCGCUCCCACGAGUUCGUGUCCGAGACGCGCCAGCUCGAGACCUACUUUCUCAGCCUCGUCCUGGCGUUGGCCAUUCACGGCAUGCUGACACUUCCAGCGCUGCUGGUACUGUUCAGCCGCACGCACUACCGGAGCCUCUUCUCAAACAUCGGGCUCACGCUGGUCACUGCCUUCGGGACGAGUUCCAGCAAUAUGACGCUGACCAGUACGGUGUCAUCUCUGGAAGGCAAGGUGGGCCUCCACCCACUGGUCGUGCGCCUCGUCGCACCGUUGGGGGCCACGUUCAACAAGGACGGUACGGCCAUCUACAUGGCCAUCAAUACCGUAUUCUUCGCACAGCGAAGCGGAUACCACAUAACGUUCUUCGACGUUCUCGCCACAAGCACCGUGACCCUGAUCAUGAGCAGCGCCACUGCAGCCAUGCCUGGCCAGAACGAGACGUGCAUCGUUCUUACGACGCGCCUCCUGGGUCUGUCUUCGCAAAGCGUCGGCGUCCUCGUGCUCAGCGACUGGAUCACAGACCGACUGGCGACUGUGGUGAACGUGUUGGGAGACGCGGUAUGCUGCUGCAUCAUAGACGAACGAUGCAAGAACGUUCUCCCUGGGACCAGCGAAAAGUUCAGCAUGGUCCCCACCAAGAACUCCCGGCACGAGAGGGCCGGCAGUUCGCCCUGA